AUGUUAACUCAAUAGAUUAAAUUAUUUUUAUAUUAUUUAGAAUAUCUUAUUAAAUUAUAUGAAUCCAAAGCUGGCCCAUUAGGUUAAAUGGAAUAAAAACGUUUAGGAACAUUCCUUAGACAAAGGGCAUAAUUUAAAAAGUUCGAUGUCCAAUCAAAAUUUGAAUUCAUGUUUGAUGGUUAUAUAGUUAAAGGAGAAAUUUAAAGUUGUAUUCAAGAUGAGAAUGAUGGAGUAAAACGAUACAAUGAUUAUUGGUAAUAAUAAUAUAUAAUUUAGUUAUGUACAACCUAGAGAAAAUGAUUUUAAUGUCACAAAAACACUCAUCUGUUUGGUUUUUAAUGAUGCAAUUGAUGUGAUAAAGCAGGAUAGAUUGGAAUAAUUAAUCAUAAAGAAAUUAUAGAUCAACGUUCUCAAGAAUAAAAAUUCAAUUAUAAUAUUUAUAACAAGAAUUAUGAACAUAAAAGUUGCAUAUAUAUAUUUUAUUAUUAAAAAUUGUUAAUCUUUAUUAAAUUGA